AUGCUCAGCACCAACACUAAGAUGACAGUCUACCAGGCUUGUGUGCUGAGCACUCUCCUCUAUGGCAGUGAAGCGUGGACCCUUUACUCCCACCAGGAACGCAGGCUGAGAGCCUUUCACUUGCGCUGCCUUCGCAGGCUGCUCGGCACCACUUGGCGGGACCGCGUCACCAACAUAGAUGUCCUGGCCAAGGCGGGGAUACCGAGCAUGUUUGCCAUCCUGACCAAGAGACGCUUGCGCUGGCUGGGCCAUGUCACCCGAAUGGAUGACAGGCGCAUCCCUAUUGACAUGCUGUUCAGGGAGCUGGCCACAGGCACCAGGCACAGAUCAUGGACGCCCAGUCCUCCGCUACAAGAAUAUGUGCAAGCGCGACCUGAAAGCAGCCUGCAAGUUGCAUCCAGCUCCUAUAUCCUAUCCUCGUCUCUCACGCAACCGUUUUUGCCCUUCUUCACUGUCCUGCCUUGUAGUUCAGUCCGUGUGUAG